AUGUCGGGAAAUCUUGAAUGCGCAACAGUGGCUCAGUUGGCCAAUAACAUAGUACCAUUGGAUGAUAUGAAAUGGAAUUGUGAAUUAGAAAUGAUAGCCGAACAAUAUGCUGAACAAUGCCAAAUCGUACCAAAUCAAACUAUCAGCCAAAAAUUUAAUUUCUACUUCUAUACUUUUGAGGAUAUAGGUUAUAUGCCAUUUGAAAUUUAUGAAACAGGAAUAUUAAGCGAUGUUCACUAUGACGAAUUCAUUGGACUAAGCAAUGAAGAAUGGAAAUAUAUCUCUGAAGUUGGUUGUUCAGAGAAUUAUUGCGAAAUACGCAAAAAUACGAGUGUUUCAAGCGUAAUAAUGAAAUUUAUUGCAUGUUUUUAUAUACUUCGUCCAGGUAUUGAUAGCUCUUCCUCGCUUUUGAGCCAUCUAUCAAAAGAUUUAGCAAUCAACGAAAUAUGUAUCACUGUGGUUGGCGAUGAAGAACGCAUCCCAACCAGCGAUGAUGAACCAGCUGUGAUGGCAUUAUUUAUGUUGAUAUACCUGAGCAAAGAUGAAAUUAAUCAUGCGAGAUUACCGACAAUUGUUGCUGCUCAAAGCUCAACGCUCUCAUCCACAAUUUUUGGACCAAUGGAAUCAGCAAAAAUAUCUCCCAAAUUGCCAUUUGCCGAGAUUUUGCAUUUAUUACAUUUAAUAUUUUCAUAUGAUAAGCUUUUUUGUCGGUUAGCUCAUAGGAAAAGCAAAAAGUGGCAGUUUCUUGAAAUAUGGAAUUGCUUUUUGGAAAAAUCAGCAAUGCAGAGGGCACAAAACUGUGUCCUAGCAGAGUCAAAAGAGGCUUUAGAAGACGAGCUCGGUGAAAGCCGAAAAAUUCUUUGGAAGAACAACAAAUUGCAUGAUGGCUCGAUAAUAAUAGAAGCAGUUGAAUCAUGGUGGAAAAAUGCGUCUUACGAAAAUUUUGAAGAAUUAUCUCGCGGCAAGCUUACAGAAAAUCACGAUUUCUUAUCUCAGUUAGCGAGCAUGGAAUCUACUCAGAUUGGUUGUGGAAUUGGAAAUUGUCUUGCAAACCAUAGUGAUUUUGGUGUGUAUGCGAUUGUGUGUCAAUAUUAUCCAUGGUAA